AUGGCUGAAAGGAGAGAGAAACAGUAAAUAAAGUCUAAAACUUGUCAGAAGAUCGAAGAACCGAGAGCAGAACCGAACCUGGACCUGCUGCGGCCCGAAGCUGGCGGAAUUCACCGGGAGCUGCCGGAAACUACCGAACCGAACUUCUCCAUGAAACGCAGCAGACUCCAUUUCCCAUCAUGCCUGUAGACAUGGCCAUCAGGAUCUGCCUUGCAAGCUCUCCUCCGCUUCGCUCCUUCCUCAGUAACCAUGACUGUCAGUAUGUGCCAGCGGCUGCGAGGCCGAGCUGCCGCUGGCUGCGACCGUGCCUGUCCUCAGGAUGUUGCGACUCCGUCUCCAUGGAGACAUCCACUUCUGCGCCAAGGAAGAACUCAAGGAAGAGCGUGGCAUUCGCGGACUCCCAGGGUUUGGCGCUCACCACCGUCUAUGUCUUUACCGAAGAUGACCCGUUGGCUGAGCUGCAGUUCCACCUGACAGAGCUGGAGGGCGCCACUGAGGCACUGGACCUGGAGGUCAAAGACUCAGUAGAAUUGGGUUCUGGCCUGGUUCUGGACUUCACGCCACCAGCUGCAGAUUAUCUGGAUCUGAGGAACCGGCUCAAAGCCCAGCAGGUGUGUCUAGAGACCUGUUCGGUGCAAGACCACCUUCUCUCCGGUACCGUCCAUGUCCGGAACAUCUGCUUUGAGAAGUCCGUCUCAGUUCGGAUCACUUUUGACUCCUGGAACUCAUUCCAGGAUGUCUGGUGCCGGUACCUGAACAACGUCUACGGCUGCCCUGACAUCGACACCUUCACCUUCUCCGUCCCCCUCCCUCCAGACCUGGUUCCAUCCAGCCGAGUAGAGUUCUGCAUCCGGUACCAGACAAAAGACCAGGUCCACUGGGACAACAACCUGGGAAACAACUACCGGCUGGCAAUGGCGGACCCGACUGGCCGUCUGGACCAGGCCUCUGGCAGGAGCCCAGGGCAGGAUGUUCCGAGGGAUGGCGGCAGACAGAAGAUGGAUAAGAUGGACUUUGACCCGUUUGGAAGUCCCAGAACAUCGUCGGGGAUCUUCCCUGAGUGGCAGAGCUGGGGCCGAGUGGAGACCGGUGGCCCCUACUGGUGAGGAGGGACGCUUCUGACUGAUUUUUAUCAGGCAGAGAUUCUCCAGAACCGUCCGGAACCAACCAGAUCUCAACCCAUCCCCAAACCAGCUCCAGAGGAGCCUCUGCUGUCCUCACAGUCACAACUGAACCAGAACCACUGAGCCUGCUCCAGAGGCUCAGUGGAUCCAAAUAUCUCCAAACCAGAAUCUCAGGAAGAGUCCGGGUCCAGGACCAGCGUUGAAUUCUCCGAGCAACAAUGCAGAGGUUCCUUGGAGAAUUGGACCUUCUGAAAUGUGCAAGCAGAACCUCCAACAGAACCUCAGUCAGGUUCAAAGGUCCAGAAGUGACUUCCAGAGCUUAGAACUCCUCAAACCUGAAACGGACCUCAGAUCCUCAGAACUUCAUGGCGGUUCUGAACCAAGACCCAAAGAUCCAUCCAGCUUUAUUCUCGUCUUCUGGACCUUCCGAGACCCAACCGGUCUUUAUGGGAACAGGGUUCUUUGAGACCAUCUUUGUUUUUUCAUCAUUAUGACCAGAACCGGUUCCACAGAUGCCGGACCCACUCCAGAACCAGUUUCUGCAGUUUUAUCAAACGCUUUAAACCCUUGAUGGCGUUCAGUACCAGGAGUCCGUCCCCAGUUCACAUGUUGAGUUUUAGCUGGUCCUCAAAAUGUUCUGGUAUUGAUUCUUGUUUCCAUGGUGACCUGCAGGUCCAUUUUUCCCAUAGAGAAACUUUACAAUUGGAUCAAGGUUCUGACCCAUCUGGACUUGAACUAAAGGGAGAACUACUGUGUCAGAACCAGAACAUCAGACCUGUUCUACAGGUGGUCCAGGUGUCGAUCCACAGAAAGUUUUAACUUUAAUGUUUCUGUAGCAGCUUUGUUUUCCUCCAUUCCUCGUGUCAUGGUAACUGCUAUACCUCACCUUCCUGAAGCCUUUAAUUGCUGAACUGCUGCAGUGCCCUUACCUGUGUGUGUGUGUGUGUGUGUGUGUGUGUGUGUGUGUGUGUGUGUGUGUGUGUGAGAGACAGGAAGUAUGAAGGGAAGUGUGUGUAGAACAGGGGUCCUCCCCAUCCUGCAUCUUCUAGAUGCAUCUGCAUCGGCUGGCAGCGCCGUUUACCUGACCCAGGUGUGUUUCAGCAGAGAGGUGUGUGAAGUGGUCAGGUGGCCCUUGAGGUCUGGACUUGGGGACCCUCCUGUAAAGUUUUAUGUCUGUAGAUGCUGAGAUGUUCCAAUGGUCCCUGAAGGCCUCGUGCUGCGUUCAGAUGUCACUGUAAAUGAUGUAACUAUGAGGAAUGACUGAUCCUUUUGUGUUUGACCUUUAAGAGUAAAAGUUUAAUAAAGUUCACUCUGCUUUUA